CUCUCUCCAUUUCACACACACACACAGAGUUGAGAGAAACCCUAAUCCUAGUUGCAACACAAUGAAGGGUAUGAAGCCAUUGAAGCAGCUCAAGCUCUCCGUUCCUGCUCAAAAUGCUCCAAUUACAAGCUUCUUGACAGCGAGUGGGACGUUUCAUGAUGGAGAUUUACUUCUAAAUAUGAAGGGAUUAAGACUCGAGUCUGAGGAUAAGGAAAAUCGUGCAUCUGAUGCUAAGGAGAUUGAUCUGCAAUUUUCAUUGGAAGACCUUGAAACCAUCAAAGUUAUUGGAAAAGGAAGUGGAGGUGUUGUUCAACUGGUUCGACAUAAAUGGAUUGGGACAUUGUUUGCUUUGAAGGUAAUCCAGAUGAACAUACAAGAGGAUAUACGUAAACAGAUUGUGCAGGAGCUCAAAAUCAAUCAAGCUUCUCAAUGCCCUCAUAUCGUUGUCUGUUAUCACUCUUUCUACCGCAAUGGAGCCAUCUCUCUUGUUUUUGAAUAUAUGGACCGUGGAUCUUUAACAGACGUGAUUAGACAACUCAAGACGAUUCUUGAACCAUAUCUUGCAGUUGUCUGCAAACAGGUAUUGCAGGGUCUUGUUUAUCUGCACCAUGAAAGACAUGUUAUUCACAGGGACAUUAAGCCAUCUAACCUACUUGUUAACCAAAAAGGGGAAGUAAAGAUCGCAGAUUUUGGUGUAAGUGCAAUGCUCGCAAGCUCCAUGGGUCAACGAGAUACAUUUGUUGGAACAUACAAUUACAUGUCGCCUGAAAGAAUCAGUGGGAAAACUUAUGAUUAUAAAAGUGACAUCUGGAGUUUGGGCCUGGUGAUCCUGGAGUGUGCUAUAGGACGAUUUCCCUUCAUACAAUCUGAAGAUCAGCAAGGUUGGCCAACUUUUUAUGAGCUCUUAGAAGCCAUUGUCUCAAAGCCACCACCAACCGCUCCACCGGAUCAAUUUUCCCCAGAGUUCUGCUCGUUUGUCUCUGCAUGCAUACAGAAAGACCCUAUAAAUAGAUCAUCGGCUUUAGAGCUUUUGAAUCACCCCUUCAUCAAGAAGUUCGAGGACAAGGAUAUUCAUCUUGCCAUUCUGGUCAGUUGCUUGGAACCCCCUUUAAGUUUUUCCAAAUAAAUUACACCAGUUUUAUCAUCUAUACCAUAAUAUUACACUCUUGUUUACUGUAUACACUCAUGCUCCCCGUAUAUUGUUAUCG